UACAUUAUGAUAAAAAAAAAAAAAUCCAACAUUGUUCUUCACGGGAAAUAUAUCAACAAAGUACUACUUUGAAUGAUUAAGCUUGUAUGCAUGUAUCCAACUUUUUAUCACAUUAUUUGUUAAAAUAUUUCAGCUAUUUUUCAAAUUCACAACCAAGUCACACUGAUUAGGAACAAAAUAAUAUGGCAGAAACAAAGUUAAGCAGCUUCAAAGAUCAAAGAUGGUCACUCCAAGGAAUGACAGCUCUAGUGACUGGUGGAACACGAGGCAUAGGGUAUGCAAUUGUGGAAGAGUUAGCAGAAUUUGGUGCAAGUGUGCAUAUAUGUGCACGCAAUCAAGAAGAUAUUAACAAAUGUUUGGAAGAGUGGAAAGGCAAAGGAUUUUGUGUGACAGGUUCAACUUGUGAUUUAUUAUUUCAUGACCAACGUCAAAAGUUGAUGGAAACUGUUGCUUUGGUCUUUGAUGGAAAACUCAAUAUUCUUGUAAACAAUGCUGGAAUAUUUACUCCUAAACCCAUCAUGGAUUAUACUGAUGAAGAUAUAACAACUACAAUUGGUACCAAUUUUGUGUCUGGUUAUCAUUUGUGUCAACUUGCACACCCUCUUCUAAAACAAUCUGGAAAUGGAAGCAUUGUAUUCAUAUCCUCAAUUGCAGGACUCAAAGCCUGGCCUUUUGCUUCUGUCUAUGCAGCCUCUAAAGGAGCUAUGAAUCAAUGCGCCAAGAACUUAGCAUUGGAAUGGGCAAAGGAUAAUAUUCGUGCUAAUGUUGUGGCACCUGGAGCUGUGAUGACCAUCCUUUUCGAGAAUGCUGCGAAAUUAGCUGGAAGAGUGGAUAAUGUUGUCGAGGAUAUGGUGUCUCUAACACCUAGUGGUCGCAUUGGAGAACCUAAGGAUAUAUCAGGAUUGGUUGCUUUUCUUUGUCUUCCAGCUGCAUCACACAUCACUGGACAAAUUAUAGCUGCAGAUGGAGGUUUCACAAUUUAAGCUUGAUAUUUUAAAGCUAUUAGUAAUUUCUUUAAAAUAACUUGAAACUUUCAAGUGGUUAUUUCUUUGUUGCAAUAAGUUGUGUAUUUUUAUCCCUUGCCUUGGAUGAAUGCAUGUAUGUCUAAAUGAGAAGAAGUUUAAUUCUUCUUAUGUCACAUGAAUUUAUCUUAUUUUUAUAGUAACAAA